GGAGUCGGUUUCCCCGAGAGAUAAAUUGUGUGUGGGGGUAUUAUUGGAAGAGCCGGCUACGAGUCUGUCCUUUCGCAUUUCCUGUGGGGCGACUGUUCACACUCGGAGCUCGGAGAAGAAAAAAACCGGUGAAAUAACCGAAGAAAAUAACGGGGAGUUUUUGAACAUGUCGGCUAACAAGGACAGCGACGGCGGUUGGAAGUCAUUUGUGUGGAAUUCCGAGAAAAGGGAGAUUCUGGGGCGAACAGGGAUCAGUUGGCUUAAAAUCUUCCUGUUCUACGUGAUCUUCUACGGAUGCUUGGCUGGGAUUUUCAUCGGGACCAUUGAGGCGCUGCUGCUCACUCUGAGCAGCUACACACCCACCUAUCAGGACCGAGUCGCCCCCCCAGGUCUUUCUCACACGCCCCGCUCGGAGAAAUCUGAAAUUGCUUACAAAUUAUCUGAUGCGGACUCUUACAAAAAGUACACCGACGCCAUGACGGAUUUCUUAAAAAAGUACGACGUGGCAGAACAGGCGGGGGGGAUGUUCGAGAAUUGUGGAGACAUUCCUAAGAACUACAUCGACCGCGGCAGUGUGGAUACCCUUUUGGAAAAGAGGAGUGCCUGCCGCUUCGAAAGGAGUCUGCUGGGCAGCUGCUCCGGGUUGACCGACACACACUACGGCUUCAAGGAUGGAAAACCGUGCCUCAUCGUGAAGCUCAACAGGAUCGUCAACUUCAAACCACGGGCUCCCACCGACAAUGAGUCCCUUCCCGAGGCUCUGCAGGGCAAAUUACAGCCCAACCUGAUCCCCAUUUACUGCAAGAACAAGAGAGAGGAAACUGAGGGCAAGAUCGAAGGGAUCAAGUACUACGGCAUUGGCGAAGGCUUCCCCCUCCAUUACUACCCGUACUAUGGCAAACUGCUGCACGAAAAUUACCUGCAGCCGCUGGUGGCCAUCCACUUCACCAACCUGACCCUGAACCAGGAGGUGCGCAUCGAGUGCAGAGUGUACGGCGCCAACAUCGACUACAGCGAGAAGGACCGCUAUCAGGGACGCUUUGACGUUAAGUUCGUGAUCUCCUCGUGACCUCAGCAGUGAACGAGCACUCUCAUUUUGAAAAAAAAAAACACCCAAUAAAAUGUAGAGCGAAUUAAAAGAGUUCAGAUAAAAAAAACACCACUAGUCUUUGAACAUUCAUAAUAUACAGGACCUACACUUAAUCUGUGUGCUUUACACUAGCUUUUUCCGUGUGUUUGUCGAGGGUUAGAAUGUAAAAUACAAGAGUAGCAAUAGCAAAUAUUUAUUCUACUGAACAUGAAAAUAUUCCUGGAGCCAUGGGAUGCGUUCGUGUAUUACUGUAAAACCACGAUUCCACUACUGACGUGUAGCGAGCUGUGUUCCUGUCCCCGUGUGUCAUCCUAACGUGGUUUCUAUAUAUUUUUGGAGUGUCACGUGCUGUAGUCCAGUCCUGUUGUAAUCUCUUCUGUCUUAUGUCAGCUUUAGUGGUCCAAGGUAUGUGUGUGUGUGUGCGUGUGUGUGCAGGUGUUACUUCAUGUGAGUGUGUGUUAAUGUGCUCUGACUAACUGAAAUACUAGCAUGGUACUCUGAACCUUACGGCCCGUGUGUGAGUAAAUGACUGCGCUCCAUGGAAACCUUUUUUUUGUGCGUGUUUCUUUAUCCACUGUGGAAGGAUACAUCUGUACACCUUUUUCUUUGUUGUUCACCUUAGCUGUAGGAUAUGGUUUGAGGACAUUUCUGUUUGAUACUUCUUAAUUCAUUAGAGUAGAGCUUUUGUGGGUCCAGCCUAGAAGACUGUCAGCUCCACGGAUACAGUGGCAACUCAGUGCUUUGAAAUCUGUUUUGCUGGAGACAUCACGUGACGUGGUGCAACUUACUAUUGAAUGUUUUUAGCCAUUUUCAUGGUGGAAGAAUUUUAUAUUUAUGCAGUUGUACAUUUUUUUCAAAGUGUAAAUGUAUGAAUCUAAUACCAAAGUCGCUGGUCAAAAAAAAAAAAGUUAGAGAAUAUCAGAGGCAAUGCAGUAUCCCGUUGUAAUAAGAUGUUUAGUUGGUGUGAAAAAUACUUAAUUCAAUGUUGAAGAUCACAAACACUUGUCAGGAGUCUGCUCUUGUCACUUUAUUUAAUCUGCAUAAGGCUGAAACAAUAAACAGAAAAAUGAGACAA